CCGCGCAGCUCGAUUCGCCGGAUUCGAGCUCCUUUGCGACGGGGAACCUGCGGGCGCCGCGGAGGGGAUGCUCGCACGUCCCUGCUAGAUUCCCGCGGAUCUCGCGGGCUUGCUGGUGGUGAAACGAUGGCUAGGUGAGUACAAGCCGCGCGUGAUCUCCUAGUGGUUGGUGCGAGCGGUGGACGGCCAAGAUGAUGCCGUCGGGCCCGCCGAACCCGAUGGGGCCCGGUCAGCCAGUGAGCGGUGCGGCAGCGUCGCUACUACGGACGAGCUCCAGCUUGCUCAGUGGCGGUGGCCAGCCUGGGAUGGCUGGAGGUGGUGGUGGCGGCAUGCUUUCUUCACAGUCGCCCUUCUCCUCGCUUGUCUCCCCGCUCACACAGUUUGGCGGCAAUGGUCUUCUUGGAGGCGCCUCGAAUGUCUCCUCCCUGCUGAACCGGACGACGUUCAGGAAUGGUGGCCCUAUGCCAGGUCCGGGGUCGAUGCAGGGUGGUGGGAUGCAGAUGAGUACACUCCAGCAGAGAGCUGGGUUGGAUGGUGCCAGCGAUUUCAUUAGCACGGGAGGGUCAGACCCUCUCUCAUUCCCGUCUUCCUCACAGGUUAAUUUGGUCAAUCAGAUGGGAUCAGAUAAUCUGCAAGUGACUUCACAGCAGCAACAGCAGAUGGAUGCAGUGCAGGAUAUGCAGCAGCAGCAGCAGCUACCAAUGUCUUACAGCCAGCAACAGUUGCCGGCACAACACUCGCAGCAGCUCCAGCAGCCACAGGCUACAGUGAAGUUGGAGAAUGGAGGAAGCAUGGUUAGCAUCAAAUCAGAGCAGCAGAUGGGACAGCCUGAACAGAAUGGUCCUGCCCAGAUGAUGCGAAGUGCUGGUUGUGUGAAACUUGAGCCACAGCAGUUGCAAGCCCAGAUGAUGAGGAGUUUAAGUUCAGUCAAGAUGGAGCAACAGAGUUCAGAUUCAUCAGCCUUCUUGCAGCAGCAGCAGCAGCAACAACAACAUCAUUUGUUGCAGCUGACAAAGCAGAUUCGAAAUUGUCCAGACCUUGUAUCAAUGGGUGGACCAAACACAACUGCAAACCCUCAAGCUGCUGCUGCUGCUGCUGCUCAACUGACCCUCUUGCAGCAGCAACGGCUCCUGCAUAUGCAACAGCAGCACCAACAGCAACAGAUUCUAAAGAACUUGCCUUUGCAAAGAAACCAGUUGCAACAGCAACAGCAGCAUCAACAACAGCAGCAACAACAGCAGUUACUUCGUCAACAGAGUCUAAACAUGAGAACUCCAGGAAAGUCAUCUCCUUAUGAGCCAGGAACUUGUGCAAAGAGAUUGACUCAUUACAUGUAUCAUCAACAAAACAGACCACAAGAUAACAACAUUGAGUACUGGAGAAACUUUGUCAAUGAGUAUUUUGCUCCAAAUGCUAAAAAGAGAUGGUGUGUGUCACUUUAUGGAAGCGGUCGUCAAACUACUGGAGUUUUCCCUCAGGAUGUAUGGCACUGUGAGAUUUGUAAUCGGAAACCUGGCCGUGGUUUUGAAACAACGGUUGAGGUGCUACCACGACUAUGCCAAAUUAAAUAUGCCAGUGGUACCCUGGAAGAACUUUUGUACAUUGACAUGCCACAUGAGUCCCAGAAUACGUCAGGCCAGAUUAUUUUGGACUACACGAAAGCAAUCCAAGAAAGUGUUUUUGAGCAAUUGCGUGUCGUACGAGAGGGACAUCUACGGAUAGUUUUCAAUCCAGACCUUAAGAUCGCAUCUUGGGAGUUCUGUGCUAGGCGUCAUGAAGAACUUAUUCCACGGAGAUCUAUAAUACCACAGGUUAGUAAUCUUGGCGCAGUUGUACAAAAGUAUCAGGCUGCCGCACAGAACUCAACGAGUUUGUCUCCUCAGGACAUGCAGAAUAAUUGUAACUCGUUUGUUGCAUGUGCCCGACAAUUGGCGAAAGCACUGGAGGUUCCUUUAGUAAAUGAUUUAGGAUACACAAAACGAUAUGUUCGCUGCCUUCAGAUUGCCGAGGUCGUAAACUGUAUGAAGGAUUUAAUUGAUCACAGCAGGCAGACUGGAUCUGGACCCAUUGAUAGCCUGCAUAACUUUCCGCGGAGGACUCCAGGGGUUAGCACUCUUCAACCGCAGCAGCAAACUGAGGAGAAGCAGGCCAUUCCCCAGAGUUCAAACCAGAGUGGCCAAAAUUCUGCUCCUAUGGCUGGUGUGCAGCCUUCUGCCUCUGCCAAUGGUGACGUGACAUCAAAUAAUUCUCUCAGUUGUGCACCUUCUACAUCUGCGCCUUCACCAUCAGUUGUUGGACUCCUGCAAAAUUCAAUGAAUUCGAGACAAGAUCAUCCAAUGAGCGGCACUAAUGGUGGCCCAUAUAAUGGAGGCAAUGUGGCUAUUCCGAAGGUGAACUCUACAAGCUCACUGCAGUCAAAUCCGUCUACCUCUUUCCCUUCCCCAGCACCGACAACAUCCAAUAACAGCAUGAUGCAUGCUCCUCAAAACACAAAUCAGCUGAGCUCCCCAACUACAUCAUCAAGCAUACCUCCCAUGCAGCCACUUGAUACUCAACCUCAGGAGGCUGAGCCAAGCGACUCGCAAAGCUCGGUUCAGAAGAUCUUGCAAGAUCUGAUGUCAUCCUGUGUUGGCCACUCAGGUAAUGAUACGAAGACACCAAAUGGACUAACCCAUGGUGUUAAUGGGGUUAAUUGCUUAGUUGGCAAUGCUGUCACGAAUAACUCGGGAAUGGGAGGAAUGGGAUUUGGCGCCAUGAAUGGGUUCGGUCAUGGGAUGAGAACGGCAAUGACAAACAAUCCGAUGGCAAUGGGUGCAAGGAUGGGAAUGAACCACAGUGCACAUGACCUAUCGCAAUUGGGUCAGUUACACCAGCAGCAGCAGCAGCAUCAACAGCAGCAUGACAUAGGAAACCAGCUGUUGGGUGGAUUUAGGUCAGCGAGCAGCUUCAAUAACAUUCAAUAUGACUGGAAACCCUCACAAUAGAGCAGCCAGAAACCAUAGAGUUUCAGUGUGAUGAUGCAUCUGGCUUCGCUGGCAAUGCGUGUGGAGCAUCCACAUUUAUGGUGCCAUAACCUCCCCUUGGCCCAAUAGCAUUUGGGCCUUUGCAUUAAUGCCGCCAUCAAAGGGUACCAUAAGCGAUAGCAAGCAUCCCGGCUGGUACAUGUAAGUCUAACUGUCAGUUUAGCUAUCUCGUGUGUAGCUCCCUGAGUUUUACAACAUUAGUCGAUUUUACCGGGAGUUGCAAUACCAUCAUGUGUCACAUUGUUUGUCCACUCUUUACCCCCUUCAAUGCUGUGAAAAGAAAGGCUAAGUAGCUGUAGCAUGUUAUAGUAGGUGUAUGUGGGGUAAUUCCUCAUUAGCUCUUAGAUCUAGUCUUUCCUCUGUCUAUUUAUACGGUUAUCAUUGACAUAUUGCGGAAUGGAGAGCCAGACUUACAGGAUUUGUCACUGAAACUGUCCGAGUUGGGUGCCUGUC